CAAGACUGGCCGUCGAGUCAAGACGUCUGGCGACCGGUGUCCGAGUCCGGCCCAACUGAUACCGGUCCAUGGGCCUGUGAGUGGGCUGUGAUCGGGGCACGAGUGCACACGACUACGUCGGCAUCAGAGUCCUUGAACCGGCACACUCGCAGAGCACGUGUCUGCCGGUGCCGGAUGCUUUUAUGCCUCUUCACACUCUCAUCCACCCUCUCACCCUUGGGUCUCAUGUUCUCACAUGGAAUUACCCACUUUUUUCUCGCCUCUCCAAGCUUCCGUGAGAUCCGUACCUCCACUCGUCCUGUUGGCAUGGCUACCUGUUUCACCGACCCGUUCGUCAUUAGUUCACCGGUGCUGGUGCGAGGCAGACUGAAGUCGGCUGUCGGCCGCCCCCUCUUUCAUCGUCUUGCCAGCCUCCAGCCAAUAACCGGAGUUGUGCAGGCCAGCAUCAGCAGAAUCAGGCCCACCAGACAGACCGACAGGCGCUAG